AUGACAGACGGAGUUAACCAUGCCCUCGAACAAUCGCCUGAGCCUGUGCUAAACCCGGCGACUCCUCCUUCUGAUGGAUCUUCACCAUUCGGCAACGUGCCUGAUCAUCUACUCGGCGAAGUCUUCCAAUACCUGGACUCCAAGGAUCAUUGCAAAGCGGUCAUGAAGACCUGCCAGCGCUUCACCGCACCAGCUAGAAAUGUCUGCUGGAAGCAAUCCGAAAUGCGCAACUACAUGGCACUGCUCAACAUGAACGGCCGCCCGGACUUUGGCUACGCAAGGAUGAUUCGCUCGCAAGAGUUGGUCUUUGGGCCCGGAGGUCCCGACCCCUCGGCCAUGCGCAUGCCCCUUCCCCUUCUGGAACACCUUACCAUUAGGCACGACCAACUGCACGUCCAGGUCAACCCAGUCGUCGUCAGCGGGUUCAUCACCCCCCGACUCAAGAGCCUUGAGGUUCGCCACGGCAGAACGGACAAUUUCAUCCCUGCACUGGCUCAAGCUCAACAGCUUACCCAGCUCCUCAUCCGCGAGGAUGUCGAGGUGGUUGGUGGCGACCCUCAAGCCUUCGGCGAUCUCGUCCGGUUAAUGCCCUCCCUUACGCAUGUUUCGACUGGGUCGCUUUGCUCGGGCCAGGUCUUCGUUGAACUUGCUCGCCUCCCCAUCAUGGAGCAACUCUCGAUGUACAGUCACACAGACGUCGAUAUUGACGACACAAUCCAGGCCCUGGAAGACCCCCAGGCCUUCAGUAAUCUGAAGAGCCUAUACAUCACCAUGCAGGCAAGCGCUGCCGCAAUCCUCCUCCCACUUCUCCGCCGCCUCGAGGCACUCACGAUACACAUCAACUCCGUGCUCACAGGAGGCGAAGAUCAUGGGCAAAUCAUCCCUGAGAUCUUCAACGCCUUACAAGAUAAGAGCUUAGUAAGACUUAACAUCUCCUUCGCCAUGGAGGUCCAGACAAAUGCCACAGCCGAGAUGUUUGAUCCUCUGCGUGCUUCAACUAGUUUGAAGCGACUGCUUAUAACCCACAACUUUUUGGGAAUGGAGAAUAUCAGUCUCGACCAUGUGCUCCCUGUCUCUAGCCCCAUCGAGUCACUUGUCAUCUGGUACUUUGGCCACGACCUUGACAUCGAGGCAUUGACCCAAAUCGGGUCCCGCUAUCCCAAAUUGCGAGAGUUGGACUUAUUGGGCGACUUCGACUUGGAUCAGCUUCCUCUCAACAACGACAACAGCAACGGCCCCUUAUUCCCUGCCUUACAGAACUUGAGCUUGACUCAAACCAGCCAAAUCCUGAUCGAAGAAACCGCAGAUGCUCAAGUUAGAUCUUGGGUUGACAAGUUAUUUGCCAUUGCUCCUAAUUUGCAAUUCUUCGAAUCAGUUGAAGGGUCCCUACACCCCAGUGUCAAGAUGCGGUUCCUGCGACAAACAAACGGCAUGACCAAUUGUUUUUGGUCUCAUCGAUGGACCAUUGAUGAUUGA